UAUGACAUCUUUCUUUUCAGUGUUGAUCAAUCACGAUGGCUGUCGGAAAAAAUAAGGGUCUCUCUAAAGGUGGAAAGAAAGGUUCGAAAAAGAAGGUUAUCGAUCCUUUUUCACGUAAAGAUUGGUAUGAUAUCAAAGCACCAAAUAUGUUUUCCCAACGUCAAGUUGGAAAAACAUUGGUUAAUCGUACACAAGGUACGAAAAUCGCAUCAGAAGGUUUGAAGCACCGCGUGUUUGAAGUGUCACUCGCCGACUUGCAAAACGAAAACGAUGCAGAACGUUCAUUCCGUAAAUUUCGUUUAAUUUGCGAAGAUGUCCAGGGCAGUCAUUGUUUGACCAAUUUCCAUGGAAUGAAUUUGACAACCGAUAAAUUACGUUCGAUGGUCAAGAAAUGGCAAACAUUAAUUGAAGCACAUAUUGAUGUAAAAACUACCGAUGGAUAUUUACUGCGUGUAUUCUGCAUUGGUUUCACAUCCAAGGAUUCGAUGUCGCAACGUAAAACAUUUUACGCACAACACUCGCAAGUUCGCGCCAUCCGUAAGAAGAUGAGCGACAUCAUUACUCGGGAUGUGACCAGCUCCGAUUUGAAAGAAGUCGUCAAUAAAUUGAUACCAGAUUCUAUUGCAAAAGACAUUGAAAAAGCAUGUCAUGGCAUUUAUCCAUUACACGACGUGCAUAUUCGCAAAGUUAAAGUGUUGAAAAAACCUCGUUUCGAUCUGUCAAAAUUGUUGGAAUUGCAUGGUGAUGGAAGUGGCGGCAAAUCAGCUGAAGGUGUUACCAAUGCUGAAGGUGUUGUCGUUGAACGUCCAGCCGGCUAUGAGCCUCCAAUUCAAGAAUCAGUUUAAAGCAUUCGACAAUUUUCCACUCUGAAGAUGCGAGACAUAUUCUGUAUUGACACUUUUAUUGGAAAUAUUAAACAAAUAACUUGAAUGAACAAAAAUC